CGUAAACGUCGUAACUUCUCCAAGCAAGCUACUGAAGUUCUUAACGAAUAUUUUUAUUCACACCUGAGCAAUCCGUACCCGUCGGAGGAGGCCAAAGAGGAACUCGCUCGGCAGUGUAACAUUACAGUGUCUCAGGUGUCGAAUUGGUUUGGUAAUAAGCGGAUUCGCUACAAGAAGAACAUUGCCAAGGCGCAGGAAGAAGCGAAUAUGUACGCUGCAAAGAAAGCAGCAGCUCAUGGACUUGGAGGUCUCCCUGGAGCGAACUAUGGUAUGUUGGCAGGGUCGUCAUCAAUGCUCAAUCCCUAUCAAGGGAUGUUGCCUGGUCAAGAUCUUAGCCAUAUGGGAAUGCCGCCCGGAUUUGAUCUCUCUGCUUAUAACCCUCAAUUAAUGGCACAAUAUCAAGCAAAUCUGGAUAGUGACAAGUAA